AUGACGAAUCCUUCAGGUUCUUCUAAUAACAUUCCCUUCGCUCCGAUACCUCCUUCCACUGACUCAAACAAACAAUCAUCACAAAAUGCCACUGGUGUUCCUCAUCAAAAUAAUCUUGAUAACUUCUUGAUAAAGUCCAAAUCAAGCCUUUCUCUUUCGUCAACAAUUGACAAGGAAUGGUUUACACUCAAAUUUCAAAACUUAGAAGAAAAAGUGGCAUCAGUCCAACAAAAGCAGAACGAAAUGCAAGAAGAGCUUUCUAGUGUGAUGAUAAAUUUGAUGAAAAAGAUGGACAGUAUAGAAUCCGUAUUGGAAAAACAUCAAUUCAUGAUAGAGGAACAAUAUUCAAUGUUAAGUGAUAAGAAUGUCAAGAAAGCUAGCUUUGAAUCAUCUCAAUCCAUAACAAAAUGUGUACAAGAUUGCGAGCAUAAAAUUGAUGAAAUUAAGCUUCACUUAGAUACUUUAGAGAGAAAACAAGUAUAUGAGCCAGAAUUAAUUGAAAAAUUAGAGAUACGGCCACAUGUUAAAAUUCCAAAAAUUGAAAAACCAUCCAAAACCAAAUCAACCUCACAAAAAUUCCUUCAAAAUAUUCUAGAUGACAAGGCAUCACAACUGGUAAAACCAAGAAAACAAGAACCAAUCAUGUUAGAUGAUUCAUGGUUUUGUGAUGAGCUGUAA